GAGAGUUGUCCUGGUAUCGAUUAGGAUGCUUACAACAGAGAGAGAGGUAAAUAGAUGGAGAAGUGUAUUCACUUUAUAUGCUGGUCUUUCUUACCUGACACACAAACACUCUGCGGUUACAGAAGACUGAGCCAGACUGUGUGUCUCUACGAAUGAGUGCAAUAAACAAGAAGAUUCACAGCAUAUCUGAUUGGAGGAGAAAUGUGUGCGAGAGAGAAGCAAUGAGAAAAGAUGUAAGCGAUGAAGAAAAGAGACACGGACCCUCGAGUUUGGACCACAGGGGCUUGGAGUGGUGGAAGCAGAUUCUGCAGGAGUAUUUCUGCAGGGUCCAAUGCGGUUUUUAAAUCUUGAUGCCGGCAAGGAUUUUAUGUGGAAUUAUGAAGUUACGAGAAGACAGACUGAUGCAGAAGAAUUCGUUUUUGCAAUGCUUCACUGAUAUGUUUAAUUGGUUGGAAGCUAUCAAUGGAAUUGCCUUUUUUAACCGAAAAAAUGAAAUUAAUCUAAAGUAAUACGAGAGACACUAUAUAAAGAAGAGCAAGAGGAGAUAUGUUACGUGAAGAAAAAUGAAUGGAAGAAACCAGAAUGUUGAAAGUCCCUUCUUUUUGUGAUAGGGGCACGUUGCAUUUUUGAUAUAGGCACUACUUGCGUUAUAAUUCUUGUCUUCCAAAAAUGUGUUUUUUGGUUGUUGAUUUUAUUUCUCAUCUAAUGCGUAUUUUGAAACUUGAUCUUGGCAAACAGUUUUGCAGUUUUUUGUCCUUCCGCAGCUGUAUUUGUGUAUCUGCAAAGUGUUACCAAAAUGGCAAGAAUGAGUCUCUUCAGGCUUUGUUCUACACUGGCCCCGCCCUCAGCCACACCUUUUAUUUUCAUCUUGGCUCCACCCUCAUCUGAACAUGCAGGUCCUUCAGAUUGUUAAGGAGCUGGUGUCGCCCUCUCGCCGUCGUGCCGCCAGCAGGUUUGGAGCGUCUGAUUCAGAACAAGAUGCUGCAGUAAAGUUGGAACAGGAGCGAGCUGAGAUACUCGCCAAAUAUGACAAGGGUAAAGAAAGUGCAGAGGUGGAGCCAUGGGAGGAGGCAAAUUUUGAUCUGUAUAAAGUAGUGGACCGCUUCGGCUUCCUGCAUGAAAAUGAGCUUCCAGCAUAUGACAUAGUGGAGGAAAAGCAUAAGCACCUGGAAAUUGAAAGGAUCACAAAAUGGCUAAAAAUGAUGAAAAGCUGGGAGAAAUACAAGAACAGCGACAAGUUGGUAAGAAGGAUCUACAAGGGAAUUCCACUGCAGCUCAGAGGUCAGGUUUGGUGUCUCCUGCUUGAUGUCCCUAAAAUGAAGGAGGAGAAGAAGGAUUUCUAUGAGACACUGAAGAUCAGAGCAAGGGGUUUGUCUCCAGAUAUUCGGCAAAUUGAUCUGGAUGUGAAUCGAACAUAUAGGGAUCACAUCAUGUUCAUGCACCGCUAUGAUGUCAAACAGCAAGAUCUGUUUCACGUGCUCACUGCAUAUUCUGUUUAUAACACGGAGGUGGGCUAUUGUCAGGGCAUGAGUCAGAUUACCGCUCUAUUACUCAUCUACAUGAAUGAAGAAGAUGCUUUCUGGGCGCUAGUCAAACUGCUGUCGGGACAGAAACACUCUAUGCACGGUUUCUUUGUACCAGGUUUCCCUAAACUCAUGCGCUUUCAGGAACAUCAUGACCGUAUUUUGCAAAAGAUGAUGCCUAAACUCAAACAACAUCUAGAUACUCAGGAAGUGUUUACAAGCCUGUACACCAUGAAAUGGUUCUUUCAGUGUUUCUUGGAUCGGACCCCAUUUACUCUUACCCUGAGAAUAUGGGACAUUUAUAUUUUAGAAGGAGAGCGUGUUCUGACUGCGAUGUCCUACACAAUCCUCAAACUCCAUAAAAAGACCCUCAUGAAGUGCUCAAUGGAGGACCUGGUGAAGUUUCUUCAGGUGACUUUGUCAAAGGAUUUCUUUUUUGAGGAUGACAUUGUGAUAGAACAGCUUCAAAACUCGAUGUCUGAGCUCAAACGCUAUAAACUGGAUCUGCCACCUCCAGGUAAUGAAGAGGAGCUUCCUAAGAAACCCUUGGGUCAACUUCCUCCUGAACCUGCAGGAUUGACUGCAGCAACAACCAAUCACGUGGCUAAUGGGCAGCCGGUCGGACCAACAGGCGAGGAUCCACCCCCUCAUUCUAGCCCUGCUGCAAGUGUCAGUAAACAAGCCGAAUCUGUUCACAUCACUGACGGAUCACCAGAAAGGUAUCAAGAAAGCCGGCCAUCAAGCUCCCCGGACAAGGUGCACCAUCCGAGCCAAAGUGAGAGGGAGGUGUGGAGAGCAGACCCUCAAAAGGAAAAGUUCCCAAACCACACGCCCAACAACAGUAUGGCGGAUAGUGGAAAAGCUUCAAACCAGAUGAAUCACAACUCCAGUGCUAGAUCUAGCAUGCGCAGGGACAGAGACUUCACACCUCGGUGGGUCAAGCCUUCCGAGGGCAAAUUGGAAGCGGUCAAGAAAGCAGCACUUCGGGAAAGCCAGUCGAGUUUAUCUACAGGGGUUCCACCUUCACCAAGCUCCCAAACUGCAGAGGAGGUCACUGGGGCACAACAGCGACCACGUUCCCAAGGUUUCGUUCCUGGCACCGAUCGUGGAUCCAAUGCUUCGCAAUACGACAAUGUACCAGGUGGAGAGGUCAUGGAGAUUAUAGAGCUGGAGAAGCCACCUUCUCGCCCUCCAUCUCGACCAUACGUUGGACCUGCUUUGAGGCAAGGUAGCCCCACCCGUCCCCCUAGUGGUGGAAACGGUGUUUCUCAGUUCAGAAUGCCCAAACAGAACAUGAUGAUGUCAUCCAAACCAGAACUGCGUGCACCUCUGCAUUACCCACCCGGCAUGACGCCUGUCUACACUACCUACGUACCAGAUUUUCAGCCAGAGGAGAGACUGUACGGCCAGUCGUAUGGCGAACUAAUUUACGCAACAACGGGACGUACCUCAUCUAACAAUUCACCGGAGAGAGCAUUAAUGAACAACAGCUACAUAACCUACCGACGGCCGCCACCCAGAAUGCAAUCUCUACGGGUUUCUCCUCCUGAGCUUGCAACCCAAAUGGACAGUGUUGGUGGGCAUUACCCGAGACAACCCACACAACCGACAAGGUCUCCCGCAUACCAACACACAGAACAGCGUUAUGAGGAACACAGGCGGAGAGAUGGCUGGUAUGGAGAAAUGGAGGCGGGGCCUUCACACUUUUCAGCGGGAUUACCUCGAUCUCCCAGCUUCCAAGCAGCUCAAAUGUCACCUGUUCACACGGUUCAGGAGAUGGCCUUUCCUCCCACGCCCAUGGCAGAUCAUGCCAUGCUUCACUUCAGAGGACGCUACCAAGAGCAUUCUGGCAGGCAACAGCUCCCUCCAAUGUUUGGAGGAGCACACUACAGGCAGGCGCAAGAGUCCAUGAUACUCUGAGACAAACAAAUUGGAAUAGAAAAAAGGGACUGAAGUAAGUGAUGGGAAGCAAGAGGUUUCAUUAAGUGUUAUUUGUUUGUUUGCCCAGCAAGUUUUACUGUAACAAACACGUUGCCAGUUUCAACUGUUUGUACUGUACAAAGGCUGACUAAAGAAAUUUAUUUUCGUUUUGUCAGUCAAAAUAAUCAUUAAUUGCCAGAGUGAGAUAUAUAAUAGUAAAAAAAAAGUACAAAUAUUUUUGUUUGGUUAGCACACUGAGAUAUUGAAAUGGAUGGCUUCUCUCAUGGAUCAGGUCUAAUCUAUUUUUUUUAUAUAUAUAUGUUAAAGACAAAAGCGUUCUUCAGAGCAGGGGUUCUCAAAUGUUUUUGGGACAGGAAACCCUUACAUGGAAAAAAAUUUCAAAGGACCCCCCCAACAUUAUAACAUUUAUUAAGCAUUACUACAGUUUGUACAUUUAAAUGCUGUAUUGUACAUGUCUUAACCUAAGUACUUGAAACCUAUUUUGCAGUGAUAAACAAUCAACUUAAAUCAUGCUAAUACACUGUAAAAAAAGAUUUGUUGUUUUAAGAAAGUGUUUGUGCUGCAUUAAAAUUUUGAGUUAAUUCAACUUAUUAAUAUUAGUUGACAAACGUUUUUUGUUUAGUUAGCUAAUUAGUUUGAGGUAAGUUUUUUCAGUUAAAUUAACUCAAAAGUUUAAGGCUUUUUUAGUUCAAACACCAGAUUUUUACAGUGUACCACUUAUGUUCUUUCAAAAAUUGGCAUUUUCUUUGAAUUGCAUUUGGACGCAACAACAUUUAUUCAUUUUAGCUUAUCAUAAAGCUUUCAUAAAAUUAACAGCAGCAAGACUGGCAUAGUUCUAAUAAACCCAAAUAUUAAAAUUAGUAGUUUGAGGUUACUUUAAGUGCUUUAGUGUUCCUAUUAAUAUUCUCAGUAAAACCAAACAAAAUAAUAGUCACUGUAUUCUCAGUUUAGAUAGUUUAGUCUCAGUGAAAUUGAAAUAUUUCCCAUGCUUACCAGUUUAUUGUGCUUCAAAGUGAGUGGUUCAUGUCAAUUUGUGUUGUAUGUCACAAUAAUUCACUGGACUUUAUAUGUAAAUUUGCCUUAUUUAAUAAUAAGCAUGUUUUUAUAACUUAUGACCCACUGGCUAUGAGUUGUAUGGGUUCCUGGACCACACUUUGAAAUCCCCUGCUUUAGAAAACACUUUAUUCUGUGUGAAUAUAUUUUUCAAGAACAAAGAUUUAAGUAUAAUUAUUAACAGUGAAAAAAUGAUUACUGUUGGACAAAACAUUUCAGUGCAUUACUUCAGUUUUCAAAACGACAUGUUUUAUGGUUAUAUAUUAUUCAGAUAUUUAAUUUUAAGAUCAGAUUGUCGCAUUAGGAGGCUUUCAAAACCUGUUUGACAUGCAAACAAAUGCAAUAUAUUUGUAAUCAUUAAGUGAUGACAGACAUCACAAAUACCAGAGUUCGACAACUGGAGCCAGGAUAAUUAUUUUCAGUCAGAAGUCAUAAAAGCUAAAAAGCAUCUCAGUUUACCUGAAUUUUCCAUACACUGUAAAAAAUUCCUAGUUUCGCUUCAAAUUUUAAAGUUUAAUCCGCUUGAAAUUACAAUAAAUUUCAGUUUUCUGGACUAGUGGGGAGUGGCUAUUAAUUAUUAAAAUAAAGUUUAAAUGAAUUGUAAAUUCAAGUAGAUUAAAUUAAGUGGAAUUGUAUACACUUUACAUCUGUGCCACACUGUAAAUUUUAGGAUUCAAUUCCCAAAUCGUAGUAUGCAAUAAAUUGUCUGGUCUUUGUGGGUAGCAUACAACCAGGUAGUGAGAGUUGGUCCAAUCUCAAGUGUGUUAUUACUCAGUGUACUCCAGUUUUCUAAUAAUAAACAUUUUUGUCAUUAUAAAAUUAUUUAAUUUCACAGACAGCACAUACACAUUGUGACAGAAUCAAGUAUGCUCAUAUUAAAUCUGUUGGUCUUAUUUAUAGGUUCACAGUUUUUGAAACUUAAUCAGGCUCCAUCACUUCUAGCCUAAUAGCAUAUUUUUGAGUAAACGUAUUGCACUACAGACAAUAUUGAUGUAAAUAACCCAUUGCAAGUGCACUCCUGUUUUGCAUGGGUCAUUCAGUUGGGUUAGGUAAAGUGGUAAAAGUGAUAUAUAUUUGGUUUAUGGAUUCGCAUGGAUCCUUUACCUUUACAUGACUUGGUUAUAAUUUUAAUCUGUGUAUACCUGUUCUGAUGGCAUGUCACACUACCAACUCAAUUGACACACUUUCAUUUUAAUUAUACACACCUAGUUUGUAUAUUGCUUGACAUUGGAGCAGACCCUACUGUACAUAUGUAUGUCUGCAUUUCCAAUACUUCAGAAACUGUUUUCAGAAUGUAUGUUUAUUUUUUAUACAAAGAUAAAAACCAGAGAUUAAUUUUAACAUAUUAUGUCCUAAUGUCUAGCUUCCAGACAACAUUCCAUGCAACACACUUGAAUUAUUUCCCUUUUUAAUUUUCUUUUAAUCAGAUUCAUAUCACCGCAAUAGUCACAUGUAUUUCCAUGUUUUAUUAAUGGAAAAUGCUAACUUAUUUUCUGCUGUAGCCUUACGGUUAUUAAACUGGUUUGUAUGCUUUGAUACAAAA